CCCCUGCAAGCGUUCAAAAUGGCGGCGGUAAGUAACCAUGUGCAUAACUAGAAAAUGCCUUCUUUUCUUCCCGAAAAAGGGCUCUGUUUCAUUAUUUGUAUUAGUCAAUGUUUCCUUACGAAACGGCUUCCUUUCAUCAUGUUAUCAGUAUAAAACCAUGCCAUGGAAAACGACGCGCUUCCAACUUCUGCAUGAUCAUGCAUGUUUCCGUCUGCUGUCAUAAUCUUCAUGAAACAGCGUAUAGUAUUGUCCCCCCGACUAUUUCUUCACCCAUCUUCGUUUAUCAAGUGUAAUUUACUUGAUUCUGACUACAUGACGAUCUGUUUCAAACUGUAAGCAUGUGUAAAAUAUCCUUGCUGAUGAUUACCUUUUUUUAAUUUUAUGAGCAAACAAACUUACUUAUUGUAACCACGGUAAAUUAAACAUUGAAGCCUCUUUUUAGGUAACAAAUUUUCUUCACUACAAUGUUGUUUCCUUACAAGUCAUUUCGUUUCAACAGUAGCCAUGUAACCUUUGAUAAUUUUCUGGUCCAUUGAUAUGUUUGUGUGAAACAUUCGUGGUUUUAGUGUUAGGUAUAUUUCAAAUUUCCAACCUACCAAACAGGCCUCUUAUCCUCUGACUAAGGUGCUGUUUUAUUACAUGGAGGGAGGAGGAUCCUUGCACCAGGAAUAUUUUAGAAGGCAGAUCAUCCUAUUGCCAUAGGUUUUCUGUAUGCAGUUUACAUGCAAAGGGUUUUACUUGUCUCUAGCACUAGGAUCUUCCCAGUACUAGGAUCCUUCCUAACUGAAAGGUAGAAACAACCCAGUAGUAGGAAGAUCCUAGUUCCAUAUAAAUGGGCUUCACUAGGAAAAUCAUAGUACUAGGGACAAACAAAACAUAAAUAGCAGGUCAUUCAUUGGGUAAUCAUGGCAAGGCUGACCAUUUCAUUUGGCAUUAGCACAAGCUGAUAAUUGUGAUAACUCUACUGAGAGGAAGUUAUUAAUGCUAGUGAAGAGAGCAGAAGGGUCCUUUUGUCACCUGUCAUCAUUAAUUCCUUCUCUAUUUGAGCACCACACGGACCAAAAUUUCUGCCUGUAAACCUAAAAAGUUGUUCUUCCUCCCUCCAUGUACACAGCUCAUUAAUCAUAUCGUAAAAUUCCAAAAAUAAGCCCCUUCAUGUAUAAGCCCCUCCAAAUAUAAGCUGUCCAAACUCCUAAUGUAAAAAACUCUCCGUUAAAUCGCCCCUCCAAAAUAAGCUCCCCGGAGGGCUUGUACUUGGAAAUUGAUCUCAAAUACAAAGUAAAACAAAGAAAAACGGUAAAUUUCCUUUCAAAAAUAAGGCUAGCCCAAUCGAUUUUUAAACACAAAUUUCCCUCCGUACAUAAGCCCCCCAAAAAGAGCCUUUAAAAAAUAUAAGCCAACUCUCCACAAUGGCCACCUCCCUACAAUGGCCACUUUUUAUGGCAGACAGUCCAUGCAUUGACUCUUGUUUAAACCUCUCUACAAUGGCUACCUCCCCACAACACCCACUUUCUUCUUUCCCCAAGGUGGCCAUUGUGGAGAGGUUCAACUAUAUGUAUGUUAUAUCAGCAGGGACUGUACUGAACUUCCAGGCCAAGCUAAUAUUAAGGGUUAUUAACUGUUUAGUGUUGUAGUAUAGGGUGUAGAUAUAUGUGUGGAAGAGUUUUCGUCUAGAGAAGGGUAUCUAGUAACAAAAAUGACCAGUGGUAAUAAUAAAAGGUGUAGUCUACAGCAGGAAUUGAAACUUGGAUAUUGAUCUGCUCUAUGAUGUAGGAUAUUGGGAAUUUUAGUGUUUAGUCUAAAAUAGAGCUGAAUUUAAAGAAACGCUGAACGUAGUCUUCUCUAUUGUGUCAUUAUCUUUGUACAUGUAGGCUGCAGCACAGAAAGUUCAAGAAGUCAGAGACAUCACAAGAAUUGAAAGAAUAGGUCAGUAAUUUAAAGAACUCAUGAGUCAAAGUGAGUGGUUAAAACAAGUAUUAUACCACAGGAGAUGUCUUACUCAAUGAGAUUAGAAAACCACUAAGUUAUGAAUUUAUUUUAGGUCUUUAUUUUUAUUACUCAUAGGAGCUCACUCUCAUAUUCGUGGGCUUGGCUUAGAUGAUGCACUGGAAGCUAGACAAGUAAGGAGAAUGUUUAUUCCUUGUUUUAAUUAUUGUGAGUACAGCAAUGUAUGUGUACAUGUACAGUUUGUAAAUUGCCUUCAUGAACCCAAGGCUGUAAUGCCAAACAAAUUUGGCAUUACUAUUUUUCUCAGUCUAAACUACAUAUGUAAUAAACUAUGACAAUCCAAAGCUCUAGAUUUUUGUUUGCAAAAUUUUGAUCAUUAAUUUUUACAGUUACUGAGAGUCUUCACAUGAGAAUUCUUAAUUGAGUGACAAUUUCUCUGUAGGUUUCUCAGGGAAUGGUUGGUCAGGUUGCAGCCAGAAGGGCAGCUGGUGUUAUUUUAGAAAUGAUCAAGGUACUUGAUUGUACAUGUAGUAUUUUUUAUCAUUGUUACUUAUAAAGCAAAACCAAGUUAAAGUAACUAAAAAUGUAGCUCACUGUGAUGCCAUUUAAAGACUGUAAGUAACAAAUCAUGUCAAGUCAUAGAAAGAAACUUGAAAGUACAUAAAUGUUUUCAUAUAAUAAUCAUUAUGUUCUUGAGAAUGUCUUUACAGUGUUGACUUUUUAGCCUUGAAUGUAUUUUUACCAUUAUUACUAUUAUGUAGAUGUAUACUCUUAGUGUUCAACUGGUAACCAGUUCACUAUAUAAGUCACAUCUUGCAGCCUAUUAUUAUUAUUAUUAUUAUUAUUUUUAUUAUUGUGGGUGAUAAGAGGAGCCAGCAAUCCUAAUCUCCAGGUUGUUAUUACGCAUGCGUCGCAUGUAUGUAGCCAGCUUUGAUUUGGACUUCCACUAAGAAUGAAUGGAAUGCACAUUUGGACCUUCUAUCACUUGUAAUCUGAUCGUGCAUGUUUUGACCAUCUGUCACAUGAAACUUAUGCAAAGCAUAGGGCUGGAGGAAAAGCAUUUUGACCUUUGAUCAUUGCCGCCCACACUCCGUAACCUUUGGUUAUUACUAGUUAUUUAUAUUAAUUUGUGUUUCCUUAGGAAGGCAAGAUUGCAGGAAGAGCAGUUUUGAUUGCAGGACAGCCUGGCACUGGAAAAACAGCUAUUGCUAUGGGUAAAGUGAAGUUUGUCAUUGUCUCUCAUGAAAUUAUUGCUAAGCAACUUACAAAAUGGAGAUGACAGUUGUAAAGAAAACUACCACAUCAAAACACUGAUACAGGUUCAUCUCUUUUACUACUAAGACUGACCAAAGGAAAAAAAAAAAAAAAAUUCUUAUAAUGAAAAAAAAAAUACAUUUAAUAAACACAGAUUUAUAAUGCCAAAAAAAAUAAUGUGGUCAAGAAAUGAAAAGUUUUGUGUCCAUGAGAGAAAGGUCUGGAAAGCACGGAUUUGUCAUUUGAAUGGUUACAGGAUAUUUUCAUCUAAAAAACGACAAAAAUCUACUCAUUUUUGCAUAAUUAAUUAGCUUUUUACUCUCUAAUUCGAUCUCUUCCUAUUAUUUAGCCUAAAGUAAGGACAUCUUCUCACUGUUUUGACCAAACCCUAAAUUUAAGGUAUUUUAGUGGCUAACAUCUCCCAUGAGCAACAACCUAUGUACUUAAUUCUCACAUAUGCUUUGAAAGACAUCUUUAAGGUUAUCAAAUCAAUCAUAAAAUAUUUGGGCAAUCUCAUACUUUAUCAAUAAUGACGAUUAUGUACAUCUGACUUGCUUAUUUGUCAUUUGACCAAAAUGGAAGAAACAUCUUUUUUUAAACAAAAAUAGCACAAAGUUGACGAGAAGUCACAAAUCAGAUGCAUCAUUAUCGAUACUAAAAAGCGGAAUUGUUAGAACGUGUCACCUGAGGCAUGUUUUCUGUGUUAUUUAUGGACGUUUGGAUGGAUAUUUUAUGGGCGCUUUGAGUAAAACACAAGGAGCAAAAGUUAGUUCAAAACUUGAUCGGUCGAGCUUGUAGGUGAAACAAGACUCAACAAGGAUAAAAGAUAGUGAAUAAAUGUUACAUACACGUCUCUCAGGUGCUUUAGUCCAGAUUUGCUGCUCAGUUUCGUCUGUUCCUUUGUGGCGUUACUUCGUGACGAGGUAAUGAAAUCGAAACAUCUUGAAACAUUGCGAAUUUUCGGCUUUUCAACAAUUCAAGUCUUUGAAAUAAGUUGUAAACAGAAAGAACAAAAUCAUUCUCAAAGGACAAGAAAGAUCACUGACAAUCCGUCUAUAUCUACAGAAAACAACUACCUGCUCGAACACCCUCCAUCUUUGACUUUAGACUCUGCCAAAAAGAUGGAAUCUGUGACGCCGGACUACCGGACUCCGGAAUGCGGAAUACGCUAUCUAUUGUUGUACGCGCCAAUAUCCUGUUAUAACUGGUGUGUUGAAAAUAGGUUGUGAAAGUCGUGUUACUUGAAAUUUUGAGUUUAUUCGAUGUUGACAUUAUUUACCAUGAUAAUAAUGGUCCAUAAUAGCCCUUUUUGUAGUCAGACCGUGCCAUGCAAUUUUUAGACAAUUAGUGACUUGCCACUGGGUAUAAUUACUUACUUAGUUGUAUUUUAAUCCCCGUAGUCUUACAACUAUACAGGUUGGUAUCUGUAUCUGGGUAUAUUAUUGACUACAAAAAUAUAAUAAUAACCGUUUUUAAACGUGUUGAGGAAAAACUUCUGAGGAAUACAAAAUACCCAAAAGGGGGCACUAAUAGAUUGCAAAAAAAGUCGGCUAGACUUCUUUGGCUAUAAGGAAGGAGUAAGGUAACAGUUUCUUGAACACAGACUAAUACACUAUAUUCACUUCUCAUUUAAGCUGUCAUUUGCGGAUUCAUAUAGUAGACUAAGUUCUCUUAACGGACACCCUCGUAUAUAGCGAAUAGCUCUACUUACGACCGCCAUCACAACUCCCACACAAACUCUGGAUUUUUACUUUCCCGUAGGCGGCCGCGGACACUUAAAGGGUUUACCGGCGAAUUAGAUGUUAGCUUUGAUUUAAAGCUGUCCUAAAAAGACACUCCUCUGAAAGUUGUUUUUUUUUUCAUAUCAUGUCCUCAGUCAUAUGGCUGUUUGUCACUGUUAUGAAUCAUUCUUAUAUAUCCGUUUCAGAGUUACCGUUUUUUCACAUACUCGUCCGGUUACACUUGAAAAUGCAAACUGAAUUGUAUGCUUUUAUUUAAAUUACAACAAGGCAAGAACAUCAGCGUAAACAUACACUAAAAAACAGUUUUUUGCUAUUAUCAGUGUUAAUUUGUAGCUGGGAGGAGCUUCCGUAAGCGGCUAUCUAACCUUUACACCACUUUUAAAGUGGCUGAAUUCCACUUGCAUAACUAUGCUGCAUAUGAGAUUCAUUCUUGUAAGCGGCCAGAUCCAGUUAAGGACACCUUUUUCUCGUCCCGAGGGCGCCCUCAUACGAGAGUUUCCACUGUAUUACAAUUUUAGGAUUUCUCUUACAUUUUAACAAAUUUUCGCUUAACGAGGCACAGUCGAACCUACGUGCGACCACCCAACUUAAGUGACCACUUCCCAAUAAGCGAUCACUUAUUCAACACACCAAAUAUUAUCCAGUCAAAGCGCUUGUAGUUGGAACCUCCUGUAAACGAACACGUCCACAUCCAGUAAACGACCGCGACCACUUUUUACGAUGACAGUCUGAUUGAGAAUUUUCCAUGAUGCAAUGGUCUGAUCUCUGCGUUCCCUGUAUGUCCUAAGCUACUCGGAGUAUGAGAGGAACUUUAGAAACAAAUUAGAUUUAUCUAUAGUAUAUUGUAACUUAAAAAUUGUAUACAGUACAUUCAAUCCAAAAAGACCUCCCUCAGUUCGACUCUCGUAAAACCCAAAUUUUCCUUGGGCAACCCCAUGGGCAUUAUUUACUGGGUGUCUUCCGACCACGCACGGACCGGAACAUCAAAUGUCUGUAAUGUGUCUGUCCAUAAUUCAACAUCUGCCUGCCUCAGCACGGCACACGGCUGGGCACUAAACUGGUUUUGGUGCCCAAGAGUAAGCAAAAAGGCCCUUCCGAGAUCGAUGUCUAGGACGAGAAAAUUGACCUUACCUGGGUAGGGUGAAAAAUUUGAAAUCGAAGUAUUACAGUUGAAAUAUCUCUCGGAGGGAAUGUGGGAAGGUUGUUAAACAUAUGGAAGCAGUUGUUUGAGAAAAAUAUCUAACUCAAUGUGAAAGGUUCAAAGCUCUUUUCAUGAACUAGCUUGCAACCAGAUCUCUCAGUCAAUAACUGUAUUAAUUAUUAUUAAAUACACAGGGGUUUCAAAACAAGCCGGAGACUAGAGUUCUGCUGGCUACUCGACUGUAUAUCGCUGGCUGCGCUGGUCAUAACAAUUAGCUUGUGACAAACAAUCUCGAUUGUCACAGCCGCCUGCUUUUCCAGAGUUGGCGCCUACUUCAAAACAUUUUGAAACCCCUGAAUACACUUUACAUUCUUCAUUAUAUUUGGCUUGAUUAAAACCUUUCGAGUAUCCGAUCCACAUGUGCAUCUUUACAAAUAUCAUUGUCUUCAUUGUUUGCUAGAACAUGCUAUAUAAAUUUAUGUAUUUUAUCAACUGUCUCAUCUAAAUUUGUGGGUUGUGUAUCUUACCACUUGAGUUUCCACCCAGAAAGAUGUGUACCAUGAUUUUUUUGUUAAGUGGGAGGGCUAAAUCCUGAGAAUUAAACCAUUCUUUCAACAGAUCUUCAUUGAGGACAAAACGGACUUAAUUUUAUUACUCCAUGGAAAACUUACUUUGCUAAAGAAAUGUAAAACUUUAUGAAUGUUUUGUUUCUUACUGUAACGUUCCUCGUUGUAACAUUGAAAGUCCACUUGAACAUGCGAACAGCUCCUUGCUUUGCAUGCUUUUUGAGUUUUCUUUUGAUACCGUUCGUUCAACUAAUGAUUUCUUGAAGCAAACGACUGGCAUGCUCUUGGUUUGCUCAAGUUGUCUUUGGUUCAAUCAGCUUUCCGUACCUGAGCUUAUCCAACAUGAACAACGUCCACAACACGUAUUAAUUAGUCGCAACUUAGAUUCAUGUAGUGAAGGCCAGCAUUUCCUUAAAUUCUCAAAGGUUUCCCAACUUGAAGGAACAAUGUUAAGUCUUUCUCUUGCUUCUAAUACUUCAAAUGCACUGGAAUAUUCUAAUUAAUGCUGAAAAUAACCGCUUCUUCGACUCAAACGGGUGCACUUUCUUCGUCGCAAGAUUAGCCGCCAUGUUUGUUGUUUCCCAGGCUUCCCCGUGAUUUUAGCACAUGCGCGAUUUGAUUUACAAUGUCACGUGCGGCUUUUCAACCAAUAGAAAAUUGUAAAAUGAAGUUCCGUUGAAUAGUUUAAAUUCACGCGGACUUCACAAGCAACACAGCGAUGCAAACAGAAUAUUUUCGUUACUUUCGGAUAGAUAGAAAGACUGUCUUUCAAUAAUACCCAUGUUAUUUUCGAGAGAAAGUGAUCAAUUGCAAAAUUCUUCACAAAAAGCAUGUUUCCAAGUCAGCAACUCAGCUGGAUUAUUGCAGAAAGGUAUGUUCUUCUUGAUAUCGUGGUUCGUUAACAAGAGCUUACUUUGGUUUUCUAAUAACUUUGCGUAAGCUUAAACCUUCAAAGAUACAUCUUAAUUUAAGAUGCAUGCACAGAUAUGCCAUUGAUUGAUUCUUUUUUGUUUACUGCAGAAAAAACUGUACUCUUUGUUGCAAAUCGUCAAUGGAAUACUCUGAAAAUUUUAUGUUCUGACGCUAGUAGGCUGUGGCAGACUUGUCAAGACCAAUGUUAAAUAAAAUAGGAGAAGAAAUAGCAUAAGUUUCCGUUAUGCAUGCAAUGUAUACUACAAGUUGGAAGCAAUUCAGUUUCCAGUUAAUUCAUAAUGACUUGAGAGUUGAACUAAACCUAUAAAAUUUGAGUAGGUUUGUUUAUUUGAGCUUCGAUUCAUAAUAUUCAUACAUCUGCAGUAAGGUCAAAAAUAAAAGGCAGCUCUAUCUAGUCUGAUGUGUGGACCUUCAGUUCAGAAAGCUGUUCAGCCACUUUGAAAGAAGCAGUCAUUUAGCAUUAUUUUUUUCCAUAAACAUGCUUGUAUUUUUCAAAGUUGUUUAUUUACUUUGUCUUUUCACUGACAUUGAGAGCUAGAUUGCUUUUCUGUAACUUGGUAUUCCUUAAUAAGUGGAAAUUGUAAAUUGGCCACUAUGUCAUUUACUCUCAUAAUUAUUACAAUUUAUAAGAAAUAUUUCUAACCAAAAAUUAGUAUAUUAUUAGUUAUUUUAUUGAUGUAGGAAUUAAAGGUAUAAAAACUGAGCAUGAUAGAAAGUUUUGUUUUUAUUAUUAUCCUCCAGGCAAUAAAUAUUGACAAAUAAACAGGAUUAGACAUUGAUGUUUCCAUUAGCCUUAUGUGCCUUUUGGGAGUAACUUAAAUUUACAUUUAAGUUCAUUUUGGGACAUGUGAGUCAGUUGAACUGAGUUUCACCAUGUUGAUAAUAUGAAACCAAUUUCCUUUGCCAAUCAAUUCUAUCCAGUUUGCUUUUCACUUUUUGCCAGUUUUAUAUAAAUCAAGUUCUUCUGAAAAUACCAUAAAAUUAUAAAUAAACCAACAGAUCAGGAUAUAAACCUGAAGUUGUUUGUGACUAUAUGAAAACACAACCAUGCAUGCAGUUGACAGUACUUCGGACAAAUUUAUUGCAAGCGGAAAGUGAAAAUGUAAAUUUGUGUGUAAAUUGAUCUAAGCUAGUUGAUUUACUGAAUAUCUGCUUGUGAAACAACAUACCCAAUUUGUGUGAAGUGGUAUGGGAAAUUCUACCCUGCAAGCGGAGUUUUCUUUCUUGCAUGGCUUUUAGCGUUUACAAAGUCGUUUGGGUGGCUUGUCUGUCGCGUAGUUGGUUUGUUUAUGUGUAAACAAACCUCUGCUCGCAGGGUAGUGAAAUUCUAUUGCCAUUCAUGAUCUCCGAUCUCUGAGGAUUUACAUGUGAAAGCUCAUGUGAAACCCCAUGUGAAGUGUAUGUGAAAAGAAUGUGUGAAUUAGUAGCAUGUGAAAUUCUAGAUGUUUUGCCAUUCAGUGAGGAUUAAGUACAUGUGAAAGACCAUGUGAAACCCCAUGUGAAGUGUAUGAAAAUAUGUGUGAAUUUAAAUGAGGAUUUACAUGUGAAAGCCUGUGUGAAACCCCAUGUGAAGUGAAUGUGAAAAUAUGUGUGAAAGGGAUGACGUCGCUUCACACCCUUUUCACAUAUAUUUCACUAUGCAAAAUUUCACAUGCACGUGAAAUAUGUGUGUGAAAUGCGUGUGAAAAGUGUGUGAAAAACGUGUGAAAAAUGUGUGAAAAGAGUGUGAAAAUAGGACAUUUUUCACACGUUUUUCACAUGGUGUUUCACAUACAUACUCCUAGUAGUGGAUCUGGUGCCAGCAGGGUAGGGCAUUUGUACGCAAUUUGGACACUCCCACACCAGUAUGAACAAAAAAAAUGGAAUUCUUGUCGCAAGCCAAUCUGGACGUGUCUCAUGUACUUUAUUUGUCUCUUUGAACUGGUCUGCACCAACAUCCGGCUUCACUUCGCUGCUAUUUCACGUGCAACUAAAAUAGAAAAAAUAGUUCUUUCCAAAACACGAAGACAAAACGACUUCUAUCUCUGAGUUUGAGAAGACAUGGGAUCAUUUAUAAUCAUGGUCUGAAUAAAGUUGCCAAUAGAUUUGAAUUGUAAAUUAUUUAUCAGCAUACAAUAACAAUAAAAUAAUCUCAGAGAAUGUCAGAAAGUCAUUUUGUUCACUGAACUCUGGCUCCUGGCUCCUGGUUCCUGACUCCCGAUACGAUGUUUCCGUGUGGUGGCAACCGCUGCUUAAAAAUGCGGGCUCCAUUUAAUGUCAAAGAUGUCGGACGUUUGCAACAUGUGAAUUGAGCUACAACAGUGGCAGAAAUAAUUCUUUCAAUGGGUUAAGAAUCGGCUUUUUACCUUUCGUAUUGUUUUGUCCUAAAACAACUUGAUUUGGAUGUUGGUGCGUAAACUGAAGGCUAACGAAUUUUAGUCGUACAGCGAGUCACGACGCUGAAUUACGCUGAACUGGACAUCGAAGGUGGCAUGAAGAACAAAUCAAAGCGGGCACAAACUAGCUGUUGAGACAUCUAAGAGUUACGUACAUGGAUUUUAUUGAUCGUUUAUAUUGUUUUUAGGGCGAAAUUGUUAAAGUAAGUAGAACUGUGAAUUAAAUCUUUGUAUGUUGUUUGUACUUGAAAAGAUCGCGUAUAUAGCUGUCAAAAAUCAUCGUUAGCAUUUCUUGCACAACAAUUUUUAUGAUUUUACCGUUAUUAAUGUUAAAUCAUUGUCUGAUGAGUUUUUUUGUUCGAUUUCUUCUCAUUCAAAAGCAAACACACGAAUAUUGUGAGGGCCUAAAUUUUGAUGAAAUAUGCAAAAGUCGUUCAGUCACAUGAACAGUUUAUGUCAACACAUGGAAGAAAAUGAAUUGCCCAAACUUUUUAUGAUCUUUUUCUCAACUUAAGUGAUGGCUUUAACUACUCAUGCAAAAGUUAUAAAGAUAAGCGGUUGCUCAUCAGAGAUAUUUGGGAAUAAAAUACCCUAAUUUUACGUCUUACUCAAAACUUGGAAAUGAUGACCCAACUUAAGGGGGCUAAGAGGGGGGAAAUCGAAUCGGAGACUUUAAACAGUUUAUUGUGCUUAAAGUCUGAUGAUGUCAGAUUAUCUCUCAGUGCAUUUAAGUUCCAGGUGGCUUUUCUGUUUGUUGCACUGGCAUCGUAAAGUUAGCUAAUUAAUUAUGCAUAAACGGGCAAAAUGGCGAUUUUUACAGGGGGAGCCCGGAUCUCCCAGGGAAUUUAAUAUUUUGACCUGACAGUCUGUCACAUAAGCUAACUCCUGAUACCUAACUUUUGUGCCAAGUUUGAGCGAAAUCGGUGAUUUGAGCAUUAUCACCCCCUGCCUGGUUCUGCCUGGUUUUCUCAUGGACACACUCUUAAAGAGCAAAACAACAACUCCAUAUGUAUCACUGACACUAGCCUGAAAAAUUAUUACAGUUCUUCUGCAAUUUAAAUUCCCCAAAAAACUUCACUUGCCUGUCAGGCAAGUUAAGAACAGGAUUCACUAUCCUGAUAGCAAAAUCCACAAGCCCUGGGCUAUCAGACACUACUUAUUUGCAUGCUGCUUUGUGCAUGAUCUCUGUCGUUUAUCGACACCUUACUUUUCUUUUCUUUGUGUCAUGUUUGACAAUGUUUGCUGCAGGCAUGGCUCAGUCACUUGGACCAGACACUCCAUUUACAUCCUUAGCAGGCAGUGAAAUAUACUCACUGGAGAUGAGCAAAACAGAGGCUCUUACACAAGCUUUUAGAAGGUCAAUUGGUGUUCGAAUAAAGUAAGUUUGUAUCAAUGGAAACAUUGCAGUCUUCUUUGAUGAGAAAAUUGCAAAAUCUCAAAACAUUUCUCUCUAGAUAAUCAUGUUUUCACAAUGUUAGACUUUGCAGAACUGCAGUUGACAUCUAUCAUUUAUAAUUAGGAAUAAAUUUUGAGGUAUAUCAUAUUUAUUUUCCUUUGACAAUAGUGAUGAUGAUGGUGUGGUUAAGACUUAUUUCUUUUUCCAGGGAGGAAACUGAGAUCAUAGAAGGUGAAGUUGUAGAAAUACAAAUUGACAGGCCUGCAAGUGGAACAGUGAGUUGAUUUAACUGAUGAUGAGGGCGUUAUUUCUGCAUAUUAUUGGAUAUCUUCUCAUGGUUAAGGUUGCAUUUGCACUGAAAUGUUUAUUUUUCUUAAUAUUAUUCAAAGGGAGCAAAAGUUGGUAAACUGACACUGAAUCUUGCAUUUGCCAUUGUUAUCACUCUCUAAGACUAUUGUUGAAGGCUGUCAGUGGAUACUAAAAGAACUUUUUUUUAACUGAUGAUGAGGGUGUUAUUUCUGCAUAUUAUUGGAUAUCUUCUCAUGGUUAAGGUUGCAUUUGCACUGAAAUGUUUAUUUUUCUUAAUAUUAUUCAUUAGGGAGCAAAAGUUGGUAAACUGACACUGAAUCUUGCAUUUGCCAUUGUUAUCACUCUCUAAGACUAUUGUUGAAGGCUGCCAGUGGAUACUAAAAGAACUUUUUUUAACUGAUGAAGAGAGUGUUAUUUCUGCAUAUUAUUGGAUAUCUUCUCAUGGUUAAGGUUGCAUUUGCACUGAAAUGUUUAUUUUUCUUAAUAUUAUUCAUUAGGGAGCAAAAGUUGGUAAACUGACACUGAAAACAACUGAGAUGGAAACUGUCUAUGAUCUGGGAACAAAGAUGAUAGAAUCACUUACAAAAGAGAAAGUGCAAGCAGGGUAAGAAUUUAGUCAGUAACAAUGAUAUUAAAGGGUCAACUUUCUCUAUAGCCAAAAAGUUAGUUUCAUCAGUGUGUUGUAAAUUGGCCACCAUAGAAAGAUUGAGAAUUGAUUUGAGCACUGUUGUUCCUCCAGAAUUUUUUCUAGGGGAGCCCAUUGGCCUCUUUUCCUGAAAAGUAAGGGCCGUAUGGAAACUAAAGGGGACCAAGGUAAUCUGGUCCUUGAGUUCUCUGUUACUUUAUGAAAGUUGUUUUUUCUGUCAAGAUGGCAGUCACAUACCUCUGCCCCUCAGAUGUGCAUGACUGCUUAAGGUACAAAUUGUAAAAUGACAAGUCGUGUGUGCAAGUUGCUUUCAAACAAUAACUGUUCUUGUACAGAAACUGCAGUUACUUCUUAAGCUUGGUUCAUUUGACUAAUGAUAUUGCCUUGCAUUUCCAGUGACAUUAUAACUAUUGACAAAGCAACUGGGAAGGUCUCCAAACUUGGUCGCUCAUUCAACAGAGCUAGAGAUUACGAUGCAAUGGGACCACAGGUUGGUGAUGUUGUACUGAUAUUAUUUUAUUGUACUUUUAUCAUGGACUUAUCCCUUUUGAUUUGCCAUCCUUGACAUAGUCCUUUUCAAGACAGGUUGACACAAUGUGUGAAGGAAAAAGAAACUCUAGGGAAGGAAACAUGAGUAUAUUUUGCACAUUGUAGCCUGCAGGCAGGUUCUCCAUUUGAGAAUUGUAAGAUGUGGCGGGUCACACAUGCCAAUCUUUGGCAAUUCACUCGCAUGUGACCUCUGAAUCUUGCAUUUGCCAUUGUUAUCACUCUCUAAGACUAUUGUUGAAGGCUGUCAGUGGAUACUAAAAGAACUUUUUUUUAAAUUUAGACCAGGUUUGUUCAAUGUCCUGAGGGAGAGAUACAGAAGAGAAAAGAAGUCGUUCACACUGUUACUCUUCAUGAAAUUGACGUCAUCAACAGUAGAACACAGGGGUUCCUGGCUCUUUUCUCAGGUAAAGCAAGUUAUUUGGGACCAUAACCUAGUGUGACCGAAUUGCGUCUCAGUGUAACUACAACAACGACCUACCUGUAUAUGCUCUAUGUUGGGGGCAUUACCCAGUGUGAACGAAUUGCUUCUUAGUGUAACUCCAACGACGACCUACACGUGUAUAGUGUAAGUUCGCACGUGACCUUUCUCAAACUGAUGGGGUAGUAAGCGCCCUUUUCCCGCGUCUCUCUUACAUGCACAUGGUGAGAUGACAUUCAAGCCUACUGACUCUCCACCCAUUUAACGUUGAUUGUACUCAAAGCAGUGUUGAUUGGCCAUGAUGUUACAAUCAAUGCACGACUGUAUAUCGUUGUAAGGAAGUUCAUUUCCACUGCUGUUUUUGCUAAAGGUGAUACUGGUGAAAUCAAAGGAGAGGUGCGAGAGCAAAUCAACGCUAAGGUGGCAGAAUGGAGAGAAGAAGGAAAAGCUGAUAUUGUGCCAGGGGUAAGAGAUUUAACACCAAAUUAAUUCAAGUCCUUUUUCUGUUCACUUCACCUCUCCGCAAUAGCACUCAAACUCGCAACUCAUCUGAAGUUUGUUUUAUACUCUGUCAUUAGUCAUCAUACACGCCUGUAUUAAAUAUAAAGAUCAUCGCGGUUAAAUAUACAACUUUUGCUGUUGCGGAAAGAAGCCUGAAAAAUUCAAGCUUAUAGGUCGCGGUGACUAACGAUGAACCCUUGGAACUAAGGCUAUAUAUACUCAAUACAAUUGAACCUCGAUUAUCCGGACCUCGAUUAUCUGAACUUGUUUUCCUGGGCCGAGUUGUUCAAAGCUGGUUAAGAUAACCCAGGGUUAGUGCGAGAUUUGAAUUCAGGUUUGAAAGCUUAAAAAGCAUUUCAGUUUUGAUUCUUUUUGACUAUAAGUUGAUGAUUGGAAGCUAUAAACUAACUGAGAAAAUUAUCUGACAAAAUUCUUUUGAACACAAGAAAAAUAAAUUUCCGGGUUUUCCAUACAAAUGGUAAGCGCUCAAGGUGAAGACAACGAGAACACAACAACAAUACAUCUAAUUAGCAAAACUUUGCACAUGCAGCACACUUUUUUUCUAAUUAGCAAAAAAACAACUUUGCACGUGCAGCGCACUUUGUUGUACAUUUCUUUGCCGUUGUUUUGCACGACUAAAACGUGAAAUUUCUUUUAACUUCCUAGUAACACGGUUUAUGGAGGAAUUGUCUGUGUUUCUGUUCACUCUGUUUUUUCACUGCCGCUCAUUUUCACCUCGGUAGCCCCUAGCAUUUCUCAUUUUCUCACUGCGGCGAUAUAAUUUUCAUGUUUUUCUUCAAACGAAAUUGUUCUCCGUUGUUAUUUAUUUCUCGUUCUAGCUCUUUUCUCGUUAUCCAAGUUAUUUGUUAUCCAAGUUAAUGUAGGCAUAAAAUUUAGUGGAACCAAAGAUUCGGGUUUUUUUUUUUGUCUUUUUUUUUUCUCUCUAAAAGUCCGGGCGGCCAUGUGAUUUACCGCCGAAUUGAGCGGGGUGCUUGAAGCGCAAAAUUUCACCUCAGCUAUAACAUACUCCUCCCCCGACGGGCUGACUCCUGACUCCCUUCUCCCUUCCCCAGAGUCUGUACGGUCAAGGUCCGGUCAUACACUGACGUCAUGACCAAAUUUUCUCGGAUGAUGGAUAGAUUACCACAUUUUUUAGCUAUGGGGUUCUGCUCGCCCGCGCCUGGAGCUCCGCUAAUAGGGACUUUAAGAUCCAACUACGCGGACGCCAACGAGAACGUCAAAAAAACAAUAGGUUUAAUUAGCAAAAUAACAACUUCGCACGUGCAUCACACUUUUUUGUACAUUUCUUUCGCGUUUUUGCACUACUACGACGUGAAAAUGCCUAAUUUCGCGUUUUAUGGAGGACGUACAUGUAAACAAGCAACGAUAAAAUUUUAUUUCUCUUUCUGAGCUUGAAUAUGGUCCCUUGAAAUUCAGCUCCAGGAGGGUUCGCCUACAAUUGACAAAGUAAGUGGGUAGGAAUAAUCACUAUAAAGACUGAAAGAACGCAAAUUCACUUUUUAGGCGAAGUUCUUGUCGCCGUCGCGUCGUUGGAUCUUAAAGUCUCUAUUAGUGUGGACUGUCGAAAACGCAUCAAAAUGGAAACGGUGACUGAAAAUAUCGCAGGUGUGUUUGUAGAAUGUGCUUAGCGUUCCACUUAAGUCACAACGUGCAUUGAAUCGAUCCAUAAAUGUGGGCAAAAAUAAUUGAAUGUAACUUCGAAGACAAUGAAAACUAAGUUCAGGCGGGGAAUGACAAUGGGAAAGCAAAGUGUCUAAAGCAAACAACUUAGUGAAUCUGAGGUCCGACGCGUUAAAGACCACCACGAACCACCGCCUCAUUUAACGUUAAUCAUUGUUGCUCAUAUUAUUAUUAUUAUUAUUAUUAUUAUUAUUAUUAUUAUUAUUAUUAUUAUUAUUAUUAUCAUCAUUAUUAGGCUCUACUCUAUUCCUUAACUGUUCGCUAUGCUUCCGUUGCUGCAGGUGUUGUUUAUCGACGAGGUUCACAUGCUUGAUAUUGAAUGCUUCUCUUUUCUCAACCGAGCACUGGAAAAUGAUAUGGCACCUGUUCUUAUAAUGGCAACAAAUAGAGGAAUUACAAAGUAAGUUACAUUACAAUUUAGUGAGAAAUAGUCACACGAUGCGUGGUAUAACUAGCCCGCAAAGCAAGCUCGUACAUGUAAAACUAAUAUUUUCUAGCCGUUUGAGUGUCAGCAACAGUGAGAAUGAUUCCUUUGGCUACUCGGUGUAUUUGACCCUAAUGUUUCGCGCCAUUUUUUUCAACCAAUUAGGUGGCAGAACAAACCAGUGGUGACCUUGGCGCCCGUGUGGUCCCGCGCUUUACCGCUGGCCACGUGUAUUUUUUAAAACUGCGAUUUGUUCUUUUUAACUGGUACUUUGGCUCCCCAACUCUCAAUUCAUUUCAUAGGCAAGGAUCAGUAAUUCAGUGGUGGGCAAGUUGAACAAAAUUGCAGUCUUUUAAAUGGCUUUACUUGCUGAAAAAUAGGGAAAACUUCUUCCCAACUUUUGAGAAAAUCCAACCCUGAUUUUGAGUAUUUUAACUGUAUUUCCAUCCGCCUUGAAAGACUUAUUCUCUAGUCAUGCUAGCUGGAUAAAUGUAUGGGUUCGUUAGCAAUGUCGUACAAUGCCUAAAACAGCAGGAGAUCGGCCUGGUACUGUCUAUUUUCUACAAUCGUAAUUUCUGAAUACACUUCACUUGCAUGUAUUUUGACAAGGCCUUUUUUCUUUCCCAGAAUUCGUGGUACAAAUUACAAGAGUCCUCACGGCAUUCCAAUCGAUCUUUUGGACCGGCUUUUAAUUAUCUCCACUUCUCCUUACCAAGAAAAGGAUCUGAAGCAAAUUCUUACGAUACGGUAAGGGCGGAGACAACGUUUUAACACAAGAUUGCAUUAGUAAAUCUUUGUUAGUGAUUAGUCAACUCUGUCGUUUGUUUGUGUCCGAUUGAACCCAGACCAAGGAGGGAGGUGUGAGCUACAGAAAUGAGAGUGGUUUAAUUUACAAUUAGAAAUAGGCAUACCAGAGUUUCACCUGUAGAUUGAUAGGUUGUUCUGUCUGAUUCUGUCAGUUGUGUUGCUAGUAUUGUUGAACAAUCCUCCGUUUUUGAAAUUUUUCCUUCAAGAGACUGUUCACAGUCCUCUAUUUUUCCGUAAGAUCGUUGGGACCGAUGCCCAGCCCCUCGCCAUCCGUACCGGUAAGCGCUCGAACCUGACGAUCUUACUACAAAACAGGAUUUUGCAAACAGUCAAUUCCUUGAAAGUCCCUUGAAAAAUUUGCCCUUCCAUUACUCUUUAGUAUGUUUAUGAGAAGCGUGAUUGAACAGAGUUACACAGAGCUGUUAGUAACAGUUGAUCGUCGAGGAAUUUCCGACUGAAAUUUUCAGCAACCAGAGGUAUGAAUAACUGGACAGAUGAUUAACAAUGCCAGUGAUUUUCAUUUCGCAACUGAAGAUUUGCAUACUACUUUAGUCAAGAAAUUAUGACCGACAACUUUAUUGGUUGAUCCGACGAAAAUGGCGACUUCAUCGGACAUAUCAUGUCCUUUCUGGACAGAAAAAUUAUUCGGUGUAGCCCUGAUUACAAGAGGGAUACCCGAGUUUCAACUCUAAGCCCUACUUGAUCUGUUUGAUUGAAGCCGCUGUGUAACUUGUGGGUUUGCCAUAGUGGCGGAUUCAGAUCUUUAAGUGGGGCUCCGCUCAUCCAUUUCCGAAGAUAAGAGGGACAAGGAGGGGGCCCAGCCUCGAAAAGAGUUUUUUUCAUGACCCUGCAGGUGGUGGGGCCCGGUGGGGGCUCGGUCCCCUUGACCCGCUACUGUGUCUAUAUUUAUGAGAAACAGCCCCCCUCUCCUUGAAAUGGAAUAUUUUUUCCGCGCAACGGAAGAGGGCACUUACUUAGCUUACAGCGAGAUAUAUAUAGCGAAGAAAUUGCUAUGUACGAGGAAUGCGUUGUCUUGCAGAUGUGAAGAAGAGGACGUGGAGAUCUCAGAAGAUGCUAUUUUCUUGCUAACAAAAAUCGCUCAGGAAACAUCGCUUAGAUACUCCAUUCAGUUGAUUACAGCCGCCAGUCUUGUCUGCCGGAAGCGAAAGGUAGAGUUUCAUAAUUGGUAUCAAUUUUUUUUGCACUCCUAGAGAACACGUAAAUUCGAGCUUCUUACUCGAUAGCCUGAGUCUCGGACGAAAUUUAAUCCCCGGCGUUUAAUAGGCCAUUUGCGAAUUCCAAAAACUCACACUUUCAAAACGAAGCUAAGUGUAAAACCUUUCUUGUAAAAAUGAGUUUUGUUUGCAUGGGAAUAAAGAAUCAUUUUGUUCAUAUCAAUAUUUUUUAAACACUUUUUUAUUGUUUUAUUAGUAGUCUUUUAUCAUUUUACGAUAAUUCUCUUUCGUACACAAGAAGAAUUAUCAUAUAUUUUAAUAUUUCAUAUUCUUAUUAAAUUAUUAUUAUUUAUUUUAUUGCGAUGAUAGAAAUUUUUUUUUUUUUAGUUUUGGUUGUAUUUUUUCUGAUCGGGUACUUUUUCUAGGGAGGUAAAUGUCGAUGACAUCAAGCGUGUUUAUUCUCUGUUCCUGGACGAAGCUCGAUCAGCUCAAUUCCUUAAAGAAUACCAAACAGAAUUCUUAUUUCAUGAAGAGGUAACCGAGCCUGCAUCUGAAGCUAUGGAGACUGAGGGUGAGAUGGCGUGAUUCCUAUCCCAGUGUUCAUUGCGUGUCUCAGUUUCCAAACUUCCGGAUCACUAACAAGCUUGUGCGGUAUUCAUAGACCAUCAUCUCAAACCUACCAGCAUGGAAAAUAGAAGUUUGACUGAAAUUUCCAUUGCUAGUAUAUGUAGUGGCACGAGCAAGCUUUUUAAUGUGUAGAGAGCGUUGAUUGACAAACGAAAUGCAGCUGCACAAGCGUUGGGCGUUUGUCAUAAAGUUUUAGCUGCAUAAAACAAGGAUGCCUCAUUUAAGACUGUCUUUGCGUGGUUAUAAGCGAUGAACGUCUAACUGUGUAAUACUAGGAUUGGUUUGUGUUGUCCUGAGCCGUUUGCAACAUUUCAAUGGAUGGUUUUUCAGGAUGUUGUAGUUACUAUUUGUUACUCUAUUCAAUCUCCUGUGACCUUGGUUUUUAUAGGCAAUAAAUAUCAUAUUUAACAUUUUAUGGUCUAACAAAAUGAAUUCCUAGGUUAACUACUAGGCCAGGGCAUUCCCUUUGCUUCAGCUUAUUGGUAGGCGGAACAGCAUAUAGAAACAGCC